AGCUUGCCCAGUCUCUUGGGCUCUGUGUCGAAUCUCUUUCUGCUAUUGAUCGCCGAGGCUUCUUGCGUGUCGUGUCAGUGUGAGGAGAAACGAUUUUUUUUUGGAUACGGCAGAUCAGCCUUAAUGCUUGGACCCUUACACUUUCCCUUUCUGACAAACUGUCCUCAAACUUCGAUUGGAUAUUACAUUUUAUACCGCCUCCGGGCUUGCUUCUGAUAUUCUUUUUUUUUUUUUAUAUAUUUUGUUUUGCUGCAAGUUCGUAUCUACUGGACUGGGCUUCCAAGAUUUUUUUUCUCCUUCUGUUUCGUGCUUUAAUUGUCGUAUCUCUUCUUCCUGUGAUACCCCUUCUCUUCGUUACUCUAUUUGGCCAUUCCGGCAGGCCUGAAUAAAUUCCCAAAAAAUGCAUUUCAGGUCUUCCAUUGCUUGGAGCAUGGUCGCUAGCGCCGCUCAAGUUCAGGCACAAUAUCUUCUCAAUGACCUGAGCUUUGGUUUCGGCAACAAGAUUUCAGAAAAUGGCCACACAAUACCGAACUUCUCGACACAGGGUAACCCACGGCUGCCCGAACUCCUCUCCAACAAGCUGAUUUUAACACCUCCCGCGCCCGGAAACCAACGCGGAGCCGUGUGGACCGACAAGGAGCUGAACAAAGAUGAGUGGGUGACCGACGUCAGCUUCCGUGUCAAUGGACCCGAGCGUGGCGGCGGAAACUUGAACAUUUGGAUGGUCAAGGAUGGCGCGCGCGAGGUUGGAACCAGUAGCAUCUAUACCGUUGGCCACUUUGAGGGUUUGGCGUUGGUUUUGGACACGUAUGGCGGUUCUGGCGGCAUGAUUCGGGCUUUCCUGAACGACGGCUCGACCGACUAUAGGUCUGCGCACGUCGAUGCCCUUACCUUCGCGCACUGCAACUACGCAUACCGCAACCUGGGACGCCCCACCGAGAUCAAACUCACGCAGACUAGAUACGACUUCCGCGUUGAUGUCGAUGGUAGCCUGUGCUUUGAGAGCAGACAUGUGCAGCUCCCGGUUGGCUACAAGGUCGGUGUGACGGCAGCCUCGGCCGACAAUCCGGACUCGGUCGAGCUGUUCAAGGUCGCCGUACUCUCUCACCAGGUUGGCAAGACGCAGGAUCACCAUGACGACCACCACGAUUCCGGGCAUCAUGAUAAUAGCCACUCCCACGAUGACCAUGGCGCCGAGCAUGAUAGCGAAAAGGUCCACACACCGGCCAAGUUUUCACGCCCGCAUUCGGAGCCAGAGCACCCGUCUAGCCACGCCGAGCACUGGGAUGAGGACAUCCCAGAUGAGUCGGCCAGCAAGUACACUUCAUCCAAGGCACAGUUCGAAGAUCUUCACAACCGACUUCAGAGCGUCAACCACCACUUGUCUACCAUAUUCAAGCAGGUUGUGUCGCAGCACAGCAUGGACGAGCAUCGUCACGAGGAGACGUCUUCCAUGAUUAACGACGUCAAGACAGCACUGGGCAAGCUUAACGACAUCGAUAACAGGAUGCACAGCCUGGAGCAGGAGGUGCGCAGCAUCCGGGCGGACCUGUCGCACAAGGUUCAAACGUCGGAGAACAACAUUCGCACGCUUGUCGGGGAUACUCACUCCAAGACGGUCGAGACGGUCCAGAAGCACGCUGCUCCUGGACACAGCCGACUUAUCUUUGUUAUUAUUGCCAGCCAGCUGUUGCUUGUUGUCGGAUAUGGCGUGUACAAGCGGAGGAAGGCUUCGAUGCCCAAGAAAUACUUGUAAAUGGGAGGUUUUCUUUUUUUCUGGUCUUUUUUUUUUUUUUUUUCAUUGUGG